GUUCAACAUUUACAAUCAACAACAACAACGCCUCUACUUUUAGCAACUUUUUUUUUUAAUUUUGUAAUUAAUCUACUAAUCCCAAUUACUUACAAAUAUUCAAGAUGGAGGUGGCAAUGAGAUCAUGGGAGCACGAUAACGACAUCAAGCUUGUCGACCCCGUACGAGACGCCCUAUACAACUACUCGGACGACCGCCAGAACGAAGUCAACGCAGCCAAGCCCUGGAAAGAUAACCCCCACCACUUCCAACAUGUGCGCAUCAGCGCCGUCGCUCUCAUCAAGAUGGUUAUGCACGCCAGAUCGGGCGGCUCCAUCGAAGUCAUGGGUCUGAUGCAGGGCUACACGGACGGGGACAGCAUGAUCGUCACCGAUGCCUUCGGUCUCCCAGUAGAGGGAACCGAGACGCGCGUCAACGCUCAGGACGACGCCAACGAGUACAUGAUCCAGUACCUGCAGCUCUCGCGCGACCAGGGCAGUCGGCAAGAGAAUGUUAUCGGCUGGUACCACAGCCAUCCUGGCUACGGCUGUUGGCUCAGCGGCAUCGACGUCAACACCCAGAAGAUACAGCAGCAGUUCAACGACCCCUUCGUCGCCGUGGUCAUCGACCCCGACCGCACCAUCAGCGCCGGCCGCGUCGAGAUCGGCGCCUUCCGCACCUACCCCGACAACUACCAGCCCUCCGAGCCCAGCAACGCCAGCACCGCCAACAACAAUAAUACGACAUCUACCUCGUCGGGCCAGGCCGUCCCGCUCGCCAAGGCCGAGGACUUCGGCGCCCACGCGAGCCGGUACUACAGCCUGGCCGUGUCGCACUUCAAGUCGACCCUGGACGCGAGUCUGCUCGAGCUGCUGUGGAGCAAGUACUGGGUGCAGACGCUGUCGCAGAACCCGCUCCUGACCAACCGCGACUACGGCGACAAGCAGAUGCUCGACCUCGGCUCCAAGAUCCGCGACGUCACCCUGUCGUACCAGCGCAACAGCUCCAGGGGAGGAGGCGGCGCCGGGGGCGCGGGAGCCGGAGGAGGUCCGGGCGCUAGCAGUAGCAGUAGCAGUGGUGGUAGUGGUGGUGGCAAUGGUAGAAGCCUCGACGCCGAUAUCGAUAAGCUCGCUCGCACGAGUCGCUCCGUCGCUGCCAACGAGAAGCAGGGCCUCAUGGCGAUCGAGGUCAAGGCCAAGAUUUUUAACGGCUUGGGAAGUAAUGCUGCGGAUCCUGCUCCGGCUCCGGAUGCUGUUACUACGGCAUAGUUACCUUGCCUUGCCUUGCCUUGCCUUGCCUUACCUAAGGAAUUAGGGCGAGAAUAAAUCAGUUCCUCUUGUGAUGGGAAUUCGGGGGUGGUUAUGAUGAUGCCUCCUUAAUUACGAGAUACGAAGCAUUGGACGGCGUUUUCUAAGGGGGAAAGGCGUUAUGGAAAAAAAAGGGAGGGAGGCUUGAUUAUAAAAAAAAAAAAAUAAGAAUAAGAAUAGUAAUACAGAGUACAUGAUGCUUUGUUGUACUUGAUACCUACCUAUAUACAGGUCCUUGUUUUUUUUAAUACAUUCUAUGACUUCCCAAAC